AUGUUACAACCUUCAACAAUUAAGCGAAGAUUAAAAACAUUAUUAAGUGAAUUUAAAAGGGCUAGACAAAUUUGGUCAGAACUUAAUGACGAUGGUCUUGAGAUAGCGAAUUCUCUCAUGAAUAUAAAAUUACAAGAACGAAAAGUUGAUUAUUCAAUAUAUUGGAAGAAUGAUUUAGAUAAUCUACCUGAUUUAGAAGAAAAUUAUGAAACCAAAAAUUUAAAUGAAAAUUAUAAAAAUUUAUCACAAUCUUUAAGACAAAUAUUUGAAAAAAUGGGUAUUCAGUACACGAAAAUGAAAAUUCAAAUAUUACAAAUGGAAUCAUUACUUGAAGAAAGUUGUGAAAGUUUAGGAGAAGAAUUUACAUAUGAUACGCCAUUAUAUCUAACAUGCCCAUUGGAAACAUUCGUUAAUAAAUCUGGAAAUAUACUGAAUAUGUAUACUCAAGAAUUGAAUUUAAAGAAAAGUAUAAUUUCAUCAAUAGAAAUAAUUAAUGAAAGGGAUAAAAUCAUGGUUAUGUUAUCUAGCUGGUUAAAUCAACCUUUAAUUAAUAUCGAAAUAAUUAAAGAAUUUGAAGAAGUUUGUGAAAUUGAAAUUGAUUAUGAAGAAAGUUUGUAA